AUGGCAACCUCUGCUUCCGCUUUACCAUCUGGUCCACUCCGCUUUGCAUCCUCGACUACCGGCCCAUCAACACCUCAUACCUUCGCCCUCCGCUAUCCUCCUUCUCAUCCCGUCGGACUGUCCAACGCUGGCGCUUCUCUCUCCUCUACCGCCUCAGGCGAUGUUUCCCUGCGCCAGGGCCCUUCCGAGCCUCGUGGUCGUCGAUGGGCCGGAAAGCCUGCUCAAACUUCCGAUAUCGAGUGUGCGGUCGUAUGGGAUGAGAAACAACACGUUGGUCCCCCAUUUGAUGCCCCCGUCGUCAAUCUGAAUUCCGAUGACACUGGACCGCUGCAGAUGAAACCUACCCCACUGGCUCAGCAACCGAGCGCCAAGCCAACUGUACUGCCUCGUUCUCAAGAUCGCGAUCACAACACCAGCGAUCGUUCCGCUCGGCCUACUCCCACCCCGAACACCAACAAUCCCACCACCAGUCCAAAAGUCAACCUUGUUCUCCCCACCAAAAAGAGGGAUUACUCUGCCUACUCAUCUCAAAAUCCCCAGACACAACACCCCCCACCUGCCCAUCGAACCUUCAACCAAUCCAACUUGAUCACCACCUCACCUGCCAGCGAUACUGCUCCUCUCCGUGUUGCCCAGGCUGAGGAAGUUGAAGAAUUUGAUUUUGUCGAUAGCCCUGCCGACCCCGACCCACCCCCUCAACCUCACCCUGCCGCCCCCUCGCCCCUAUCGCCCUUGAAACUCCCAAGUCCGGCUUCCACUCAAGCUCAAACCCAUAUCUACCCUGCAAGGCCCAAUCCCGCAAACCUUGCACCCGCUGCUACCAGUCCUGUCGGAAGGCCCACCCUCAGCCGCUCACCCUCUCUGGCCGAUAAUGGACCGACAUCUGGCUCUCCUCUUGCUCGGCCCAACGGAAACCCUCCCUUGAUCCUCCCCUCUCGUCCUUCAAACACCCGCCCGAACGCCCCAUCCCCAGCCUAUCCUUACAAUGGCCUUCCCCGCUCCGCUAACCUCACCAACCAGCCCACAGCGCCAAGUCCACUGCAGAGCGUGGCCUACUCCUCUAGCUCCUCUCCGGAAGACCGAGUUCCGACCGCGCCUACUCCCGCCUUGGUCAGCGUCUCGCCAGCAUCAGUAACGGUUACAACAACCGAAAGUGUCCCAAGUCAUGGUGCUCCAACCCGACGAUUUCCCCUGCCAUCCUCAAACGGAAUCAACGGACGAUCUGGAGUCAGCUCACCAAUACCCACCUGGCAGUACACCCAGCAUCUACAACAGCCCCAUAUCAACGGUGGAUCUCCCCUUGGUGUCAACGGCAAUCGCUCACCUGCAGCUUUGACCGCUCACAACCUGUCAACAGCCUCAUCUGCACCCUCGGUGCCUCAGCGUGCCUAUCAACGCAGCGAUUCCGGCAGCUCUGUUAGAGAGAGUGACACAGACUCGGACGACGACGAAGAGGGUGAAGAAUCAUCUGAGGAUGACGACGGCUUUGAGGCAGUGCUACCACCAGCUCAACCUACCGAACUGCCACCACCACCGCAAGCAGCAGAACCCCAGAGAGACUCUGAGCAAGAUGCUGAGGCCGAAGAGGAUGACGAGGAGGCCGAGUUCGAACUGGCGACCUUUGCCACAGAACUCGAGGCUAGUAUGUUGAUUGGUGAAGUGUACGGUUCAAAAGCAGGCCUAGGCCCAUACGGUACAGAGCCUAUAGUGCCCGAAGCUACUCUACCAGCACCGGCCACUAAAACAACCAAGGGCAGGAAGAAAACCCCGAACACCAAUCCAAAGGGUAAUGCGACUACACGCAAAGCUGGUGCCUCUAAGGCAAAAUCGAAAGCAAAAGGAUAA